AUGAUCACCUCUCGCCCCGCUACCCUGGCUGAUAUUCCACAGGUGCGCGAUAUCAACCACUGGUACAUUGUGAACACAUGUUCAACUUUCACAACUACCCCACCACCGGUGUCCCACUAUGAAGACAUACUGCGGGAUCUCAACAGACGACUACUUCCAUUCUACGUGGUGGUUUCCGAUACUCGAAAGUCGGCAGACGGUGCGGAUUUGAUCCUCGGAUAUGCUUAUUUCUCCCCAUUCCGAGGCGAUUUGCUGGCCUUUGCGCACACCGUGGAACUGUCAAUCUUUAUGCGUACUGACCAACGGAGCUUCGGCUACGGAACCAUUCUGUUAAAGAAGUUGUUGGGACUAGCUGCUUCAGGUGGCAUUCAGCAUCGCUGCGAGGAGCGGGUUGGUGAUCUUGCCCGUAUUGGGGCUGGUAGUAUAUUCGGAGUCAUGAAUACCUCACCCGUUCGGAGUAUCCUUGCUACCAUGGCAUUCAAUCCAAACAAUCCUGCCGAUGGAAUCAGACUAAGGGAUUGGUUUACCAGGUUGGGAUUUGUGCAGAAGGGGCGACUGGAUGGUGUUGGGAAGAAGAUGGGUCAUUGGUAA